AUGGAGACUUUGUUGCAUUUGUCAGUGUGCCGGUCAAACAAAAGUCCGUGGGUCUGUCUGACGUGCUCAAGUGUCCAUUGUGGAAGAUAUGUGAAUGGCCAUGCAAAAAAGCAUUAUGAAGAUGCACAGAUUCCUAUGACCAAUCAUAAGAAAACAGAAAAACAAGAGAAAGUUCAGCAUACUGUGUGUAUGGAUUGCAGUAGUUACAGUACAUACUGUUAUCGCUGUGAUGAUUUUGUAGUCAAUGAUACCAAGCUGGGCCUGGUACAGAAGGUCAGAGAGCACCUACAGAACUUGGAAAAUUCAGCCUUUACAUCAGACAGACAUAGGAAAAGAAAACUAUUGGAAAACUCAUCUCUGAACAGCAAGUUACUGAAAGUAAAUGGAAGCACCGCUGCCCUUUGUGCCACUGGCCUUCGGAACCUGGGGAACACGUGUUUCAUGAAUGCAAUCCUUCAGUCACUCAGUAACAUUCAACAGUUUUGCUGUUACUUCAAAGAAUUGCCUGCUGUGGAGCUGAGGAAUGGGAAGACCGCAGGCAGGCGAACUUACCAUACCAGGAGCCAGGGGGAUAACAAUGUUUCAUUGGUGGAAGAAUUCAGGAAGACACUCUGUGCUUUAUGGCAAGGAAGCCAAACUGCAUUUAGUCCAGAGUCUUUAUUUUAUGUUGUUUGGAAAAUCAUGCCAAAUUUUAGGGGAUACCAGCAACAGGAUGCCCACGAGUUCAUGCGUUACCUUUUGGACCAUCUACACCUGGAACUCCAGGGUGGCUUCAAUGGUGUUUCACGUUCAGUCAUUUUGCAAGAAAAUUCUGGCCUGUCCGCAAGCAACAAGUGUUGCAUAAAUGGAGCGUCUACUGUUGUCACAGCGAUUUUUGGAGGCAUUCUUCAAAAUGAAGUCAACUGCCUAAUAUGUGGGACUGAAUCUAGAAAGUUUGACCCAUUCCUAGACCUUUCACUAGAUAUUCCAAGUCAGUUCAGAAAUAAACGUACUAAAAAUCAAGAAAGUGGACCAAUGUGCACACUACGAGAUUGUCUUCGCAGUUUUACAGACCUGGAAGAACUUGAUGAGACAGAGCUGUAUAUGUGUCACAAGUGCAAAAAGAAACAGAAGUCCACCAAAAAAUUCUGGAUUCAGAAACUACCAAAGGUGCUAUGCUUACACUUGAAACGAUUUCACUGGACAGCAUAUCUGAGAAACAAGGUUGAUACAUAUGUUGAGUUUCCCUUACGAGGCCUAGACAUGAAAUGCUACUUGUUAGAGCCUGAAAACAGUGGCCCAGAAAGCUGCCUGUAUGACCUCGCGGCUGUUGUUGUGCAUCAUGGUUCAGGCGUUGGCUCUGGACAUUACACCGCAUACGCAGCUCACGAAGGCCGUUGGUUCCAUUUUAAUGACAGUACUGUAACUUUGACCGACGAGGAGACUGUGGUAAAGGCCAAGGCCUACAUCCUCUUCUACGUGGAACGGCAAGCCAAAUCUGGAUCAGAUAAACUUUAAUACCUCCUUUAAAUCCUUGCUUAUCAAGUCCACCGGACAAAACAUUUCCAUUUUUCCAUAAAUACUUGAUCCAAGACUAUUAAUUUCAUUGUGCACUUUUCAAUUUCCUCUUGUGGGUUUUAGUUUUGUUGUGUCAAUGGUAGCAUUUGACUUACUGAACUUGGACAGAAACUAACUUUUUUUUUUAGUUAUACCAGAAAACCUCAGCAGAUUUUGAUUUGCUGCUUUAGUUGUGAUAACUCAAUUUUUAUAUAUAUAGUUUCAUGAAAUACUUAGUUAUUUGACUUUUUUAUAUUAAUGUUUUCAGUUCUCACUUUCUAAAGGCACAUUUACAUCAGAGGAGCUUUCUGUUCUUACAAGCAAGAUAAAUGUGCUUCUGAUUAUGAAGAGCAAUACAACUUCAUGCUGUUCUCACAGCUGUUACAUAGAUAUGAUUUAAUCUCUUUAAAUCAAGGAAUUGUUUGCAUGAACUAUUUUCCCUCGUGCAAGAAACUAAAUAGUGACCUCUGAACAAUCAUUCUUUGUCUGCAGAAG